CAUCUCUAAACUAAGUCACAUGCUAUGGCUUCCUCUUUAUCAUCUUUCUGCAGCUUAAGCCCCCCUGUUCGCAGUCCUAAGUUAUUCCACUACCCCCAAGUGAGAUCCCAAAGCUUCAAGGACGAAGAAAAGCCAUCAAAUAUUGUGGAUGCCAACUUGAACGUUCUAAGACAGAGAAUAGAAGAAGUGAAGAGGAAGGAGAGGUUUAAUACAUGCAAUACACUCAAAAGUGAGUGGUGCUAUCAGUCUGGUUAUGAUCAUAAACACAAGCGUGAUGCCAUGCUAUCACAAUCCAUUGAGCUCUUUGCUUUAGGCACUGGUGCAAUUGGGCUUGUGUUUCUCAUCGGUUCCCUUUGCAUUUGUAUUGUUUCUCUUUUAACUUGUUCAUUGAAUAUUUGA